AUGGUGACUUCAGACACGGCGUUCAUGCGCAUGGCCAUUGCCGAAGCGCAUCGCUCUCAGCCGUCCGAAAACGCUUAUUGCGUUGGCUGCGUAGUCGUGCGCGACAAUCAUGUUCUGAGCUCUGGAUUCUCACGCGAACUUCCGGGCAACACGCACGCAGAGCAGGUGGCGCUGCACAAACUCAACUACGACGCAAAGGGGGCGACCGUGUACACCACAAUGGAGCCGUGCAGCACUCGGGUGUCGGGGAACGUCCCGUGUGUCCAGACUUGUCUUCGCGCAGGUGUCGCGCGUGUCGUCAUUGGCGUGAUGGAGCCCAAGACGUUCGUGAUCUGCGAAGGCGUGCGACUACUCAAGGACGCAGGAGUGGAUGUGCUGCUACUGCAGGGACUCGAGCUUGACUGUCUCGCCCCGAAUGCACAUCUCCAUCUCGUUCACUAG